GCGUCCCGUGACGCCGCGCGGCCGCGCUGUACUGGCCGUCGAGGCCGCCGUCUGUUCGAAGGCUCUCCAGCUUCACGGUUCCCCGCGGCUCGGCCCGGGGGCGUGAGUGUCGCCAGCGGGCGACGGGGGGGCGCGCGGCAGGCCCCGCAACGAGGCCAGGGCCUGGCGGGGCCGGCAGGAGAGGGAACGCGAGGCAGCGUGGUGCCAUGGCGGGGCCGCCCCCACGGGCAUGGGCCUGCAGAGCGUGGCCGUGAGGACGCUGAGGGCCUGAAUUGCAGUUCCUGUGCCCUGGCACUAAGACUGGCACCUCCUGCGGCCCAUGCCCUUCGCCUGCAUUGCCCACUGAGUCCCACUCGACUGUCUUCAGCGCGGUUCACCCUGAGGCCCAGCCCUCUCCCACUGGCCCCGAGCAGGCCCACCUUUAGGAGGGCGUGAUGGAAAGGCCCCUGGAGAAUGGGGAUGAGUCCCCAGACUCUCAGGGCCAUGCCACCGACUGGAGAUUUGCUGUGUGCAGUUUCAGGGAUGCCUGGGAAGAGGAGGAACCUGCUUCCCAGAUGCACGUUAAGGACCCGGGUCCUCCAAGACCACCAGCCGGGGCCACCCAGGAUGAGGAGCUACAAGGCAGCCCCUUGUCCAGGAAACUCCAGUUACCCCCAGCUGCAGAUGAGUUGGGGGAUGCCCAGAGGGGCACAGUAGAAAGGUCCUCAGUCGUGUCAGAAGAGCCAGGCCCCUCUGGAGUGGAGAGCCUCCUAUGCCCCAUGUCCUCCCACCUCAGCUUGGCACAGGGUGAGAGUGACACCCCAGGGGUAGGGUUGGUAGGGGACCCAGGUCCAAGCAGGGUGAUGCCAUCUGGCUUGAGCCCUGGGGCAUUGGACAGCGACCCUGUGGGCCUUGGAGACCCUUUAUCAGAGACAUCAUCAAAGCUGCUGGAGGCAGCCCCCACUGGAUCUGGCCUCCCUAAGCCUACUGACUGCCUCCUGGCCCAAGACCUCUGUUGGGAGCUGCUGGCCAGUGGUAUGGCCACCUUGCCAGGUAGCCAGGAGGGCCUAGAGGCGGUGGAGGUGGAGUGGCCCAAUGCGGCAGGAGUUCACUGCUUCCUUCCCACAGGGACUCGGGAUGUCCAAGGCCGGGCAGUGCUGCUUCUGUGUGCCCACAGCCCAGCCUGGCUUCAGUCUGAGUGCAGCAGCCAGGAACUCAUCCGCCUCCUGUUGUACCUUCGAAGCAUCCCCAGGGCCGAAGUACAGGCACUGGGACUGACAGUGCUAGUUGAUGCCCGAAUUUGUUCCCCAAGUUCUUCCCUCUUCUCUGGGCUCAGCCAACUACAAGAAGCAGUCCCAGGGGCCGUGUACCAGGUGCUGCUAGUGGGAAGCACGCUGCUGAAGGAAGUGCCUUCCGGGCUGCAGCUGGAGCAGUUGCCCUCUCAGAGCCUGCUGACCCACAUCCCAACGGCAGGACUGCCCACUUCGCUAGGAGGAGGCCUGCCUUACUGCCACCAGGCCUGGCUGGAUUUCCGGAGGCGGCUGGAAGCUCUACUACAGAACUGCCAGGCAGCUUGUGCCCUGCUCCAGGGGGCCAUCGAAAGUGUGAAGGCUAUGCCCCAGCCCAUGGAGCCGGGGGAGGUUGGUCGGCUGCUACAGCAGACAGAGGUCCUGAUGCAGCAGGUGCUAGACUCGCCACGGCUGGCAUGGCUACAAUGCCAGGGGGGCCGGGAGCUGACGUGGCUGAAGAAAGAGGUCCCAGAGGUGACCCUGAGCCCAGACUACAGGACGGCAAUGGACAAGGCUGACGAGCUAUAUGACCGGGUGGAUGGAUUGCUGCACCAACUGACCCUGCAGAGCAACCAGCGAAUACAGGCCCUAGAAUUGGUCCAAACACUGGAGGCCCGGGAAGGCGGACUGCACCAGAUUGAAGUGUGGCUGCAGCAGGUGGGCUGGCCAGCACUGCAGGAGCCUGGGGAGCCCUCGCUGGACAUGCUGCUCCGGGCCCAAGGCCCUUUUCAGGAGCUGUACCAGGUUGCCCAGGAGCAGGUCAGGCAAGGGGAGAAGUUUCUGCAGCCGCUGACUGGCUGGGAGGCGGCUGAACUGGGCCCCCAUGGGGCACGCUUUCUGGCCCUGCGAGCCCAGCUGACUGAAUUCUCUAGGGCUUUGGCCCAGCGGUGCCAGCGGCUGACGGAUGCUGAGAGGCUGUUUCAGCUCUUCAGGGAGGCCUUGACGUGGGCUGAGGAGGGGCAGCGACUGUUGGCAGAGCUGGAGCAGGAACGCCCGGGGGUUGUGUUGCAGCAGCUGCAGCUGCACUGGACCAGGCACCCUGACUUGCCUCCUGCCCACUUCCGAAAGAUGUGGGCUCUGGCCACGGGGCUGAGCUCAGAGGCCAUCCGCCAGGAGUGCCGCUGGGCCUGGGCGCGGUGCCAGGACACCUGGCUGGCCCUGGACCAAAAGCUUGAGGCUUCACUGAAGCUACCACCGGUGGGCAGUACAGCUAGCCUGUGUGUCAGCCAGGUCCCCGCUGCACCUGCCCACCCUCCCCUGAGGAAGGCCUACAGCUUCGAUCGGAAUCUGGGGCAGAGUCUCAGUGAACCUGCCCGCCACUGCCACCAUGCGGCCACUAUUGCUGCCUGCCGCAGACCAGAGGCUGGAGGAGGUGCCCUGCCCCAGGCAUCCCCUACUGUGCCUCCACCAGGCAGCUCUGACCCCAGGAGCCCCAACAGGCUACAGCUGGUGCUGGCAGAGAUGGUGGCCACGGAGCGGGAGUAUGUCCGGGCUCUAGAGUACACUAUGGAAAACUAUUUCCCCGAGCUGGAUCGCCCCGAUGUGCCCCAGGGCCUCCGCGGCCAGCGUGCCCACCUCUUUGGAAACCUGGAGAAGCUGCGGGACUUCCACUGCCACUUCUUCCUGCGUGAGCUGGAGGCUUGCACCCGGCACCCACCACGAGUGGCCUAUGCCUUCCUGCGCCACAGGGUGCAGUUUGGGAUGUACGCACUCUACAGCAAGAAUAAGCCUCGCUCCGAUGCCCUGAUGUCAAGCUAUGGGCACACCUUCUUCAAGGACAAGCAGCAAGCACUGGGGGACCACUUGGACCUGGCCUCCUACCUGCUAAAGCCCAUCCAGCGCAUGGGCAAGUACGCACUGCUGCUGCAGGAGCUGGCACGGGCCUGCGGGGGCCCCACGCAGGAGCUCAGUGCGCUGCGGGAGGCCCAGAGCCUUGUGCACUUCCAGCUGCGGCACGGAAACGACCUGCUGGCCAUGGACGCCAUCCAGGGCUGUGAUGUUAACCUCAAGGAACAGGGGCAGCUGGUGCGACAGGACGAGUUUGUGGUGCGCACUGGGCGCCACAAGUCCGUGCGCCGCAUCUUCCUUUUUGAGGAGCUGCUGCUCUUCAGCAAGCCUCGCCAUGGGCCCACAGGGGUUGACACGUUUGCCUACAAGCGCUCCUUCAAGAUGGCAGACCUUGGUCUCACUGAGUGCUGUGGGGACAGCAACCUGCGCUUCGAGAUCUGGUUCCGCCGCCGCAAGGCCAGGGACACCUUUGUGCUGCAGGCCUCCAGCCUGGCCAUCAAGCAGGCCUGGACGGCUGACAUCUCCCGCCUGCUUUGGAGGCAGGCCGUCCACAACAAGGAGGUGCGUAUGGCUGAGAUGGUGUCCAUGGGUGUGGGGAACAAGGCCUUCCGAGACAUUGCUCCCAGCGAGGAAGCCAUCAACGACCGUACCGUCAACUAUGUCCUGAAGUGCCGAGAAGUUCGCUCUCGGGCGUCCAUUGCCGUGGCCCCGUUUGACCAUGACAGCCUCUACCUGGGGGCCUUGAACUCCCUUCCUGGAAACCCUGCCUCUUGCUCUGUUCUGGGGUCCCUCAACCUGCACCUGUACAGAGACCCAGCUCUUCUGGGUCUCCGCUGUCCCCUGUAUCCCAACUUCUCAGAGGAAUCAGCACUGGAGGCUGAGGCAGAGCUGGGCGGCCAGCCCUCUUUGACUGCUGAGGACUCAGAGGUCUCGUCCCAAUGCCCAUCAGCCAGUGGCUCCAGUGGCUCUGACAGCAGCUGUGUGUCACGGCAGGCCCUGGGUAGGGGCCUCGAGGACUUACCCUGUGUCUGAUCCCGGGACUGGACGAGCAGUACAUCCAGCAGCCUGCAGCUCCAGGGAACAUUGCCUCUCUGGAUCUGCUGUGACCAGGGUGUGGCUGACACCUGGGCUACCUCCAACCUACAUGUGCAACGCUGUUGACUACCCUUUCUGAUGUGUGUGGCCAUUGGACUAACUGGCACGGGGCCUCUCUAGGGGAGUCUGGUUGUAGAGCCUGAAUAGGCUCCUGGCCCCAUGACCCCUUCUCCUCUCCCCAGCUCCCAUCCCAGUUGUGGGUUAAGAAUAGGCUAGAGCAGACAUUGGGUGUUUCCAUGCUGUAGGCUGGUGGGGGACCAUGUGCCUCUGGGCAGUGACUAGGGUGCUCCCACCCCUCAGGAAGAACACAGGUGGGCUCCUAGCAGCAGAUCCCCAAUCCCUGGCCUUAAAGCCGAGCUCAGUUACCAUAGGGACAGGUCCACUACUGGGCCCUCAUGCUUGUCUUUCCUGGCCCCAGGCCCAGCCCCUUUUUUACUGGGGCAGUUUCGUUAUUUUGACUUGAUGCCUUUUGAAUAACUUUCAAUAGAGUUGUCUAAAAUUAUCUUACCGGUUGUUAGGCCUUUGGUGUCUCAGAGAAGGAGUCUAGGUCUUUGAUGUGUGAUUUAAUCUUUUAUUUGUUUAUAAUAAAAAAUAGACUGAUAUGUA